AUGUUCUCGUUAAGCAUACCUCUCGACGAGACAUCCGUGGAUUACUUCUACGAUUAUUCAACAGAGAACUACUGGAAUACCACAGAUGAACCUGUAUAUGAAAGAGAAUGUCAUAGCCAACAAGUGUUCUGUCCAGCCUGUACCCGGCAGCUCUCGUCACGGAAAACGCUGUAUCGUCAUCUGAGGAAUAUUCAUAGAUGGCCAGAAAACCAAGUUCAAGAGCUGAUCAAGAAGUCAGCUAUUACUAUCGAUGAAAUGAAAUUGAAGGAUAGGUUCUACGUAGCAAAUACUUUUCAAAAGCUACCGAACAUUGUUAAGAAAUCAAAGAGCAAAGCUCCAACGGUCCCAUGUCCGGUUCCUGGUUGCCUAGAAAACCUGGGAUACCACGAAGCUCUAGCACAUCAUUGUGAACUGUAUCAUUCCAAUGUUGGAGCAGCGGGACAGCAGCAAGAUUAUCGUUUAAAAGAAGUGUGGCACUCCUCAUUCGAAGAGUUCGAGAAAUGGCUGUGCACAUUGGAACGGAACACAGGAUCCAGUUUUGUUAAAAGAACAACAAGUAGAAAUUGUGAUAUAAUGUACAGAUGUCAUCGUACAGGCAACCCGCCCAUGAAUUACAAAAAUGAAUCGAAGAGACAUGGACAUCAGUCUCGAAAAGUCCAAUCACAUUGUACAGCAUUCAUUAGAUUCCGACAGUUUGAUGGAUUUUGUUAUUCAGUUUUUUGUGAGGGACAUAUUCUGCAUGAGUUGGACUUGGUGAAAACUUGGCUGAAUAAGUCAGAUAAGAUUUACCUGAAGUAUCUGCUAGAGUUGCAUUCUGAGUUUGACAAAAUUCUUGAUCAUAUACGCAGAGAGCGAACACCAGACGAACGUGUUUAUUGGACAACGCGAAAUGAUUUGAGAAAUAUUCGUUCAUCUUUUGCUCAGAAGCUACGUAGGACCACUUAUAAAUCAUCAUGUAUUUCUAAUGUGAAGCUACUUCAUCAUAUACAUUUGGAUCAUAACUAUUGUAAGAAGAAUCUAUCAAUAUGUUGA